AUGGUGUCGGACUCGAAGCUAGUGGAUCGGCUCUGGGUAAUCCUCGGAAGCUCCGACCUCAGCACCACCACCGCCGCCGUUGUCCGCCGGAGACUCGAGGAGGAUUUCGGUAUUGAUUUAUCGGAGCGUAAAGCCUUCAUCACAGACCAAAUCGAUAUGUUCCUUCAAAUCCAUAUGGGGAGACCCGAAAACGACACCGACGUCGACGCCGAGGAAGAGGGUGGUGAAGAAGAGUCGGAGACUGUGAAGGAAGAAGAGAAUGGCGGUGGCCAGUCCGAAGAAGAGGACCCUGAAGAAGAACAAGCGGAAGAAAAGGAAGAGGAAGAGGAUUCGAGUGAUGUAAAGAGAAGCAAGAAGCAGAGAUCUGCCCAGUUGGAUAAAGAUGCAAAGAAAAAAGUAACAGGCUUCUGCAAACCAUGUCGUCUCUCUCCACAGCUACAAGAACUUGUUGGAGUGCCAGAAUUGGCCAGAACUCAGGUUGUCAAGAAACUUUGGGCCUAUAUCCGGGAGAAGAAAUUACAAAAUCCAAAGAAUAAGAGGAAAAUUUUGUGUGAUGAAACACUACAUUCUAUUUUUCGUGUUAAUUCGGUUGACAUGUUUCAAAUGAAUAAAGCACUGUCCAAGCAUAUAUGGCCAAUAGAUGAGGAAGAUGAAACAGCUCCAGUCAAUCAUCUCAUAAGGAAAAGCGACAAAAACUAG